UCAAGUGGUUGUCAUCUGAACAAGUUCCUCAUCAGCUUCAACUUCAUAAUGUGUUUUGUCAUCUCAGCCAUUUCAAUUCUGCCCAAGAUCCAAGAAGUACAACCCAAGUCUGGUCUCCUUCAGGCCUCCAUCAUCUCUCUGUAUGCCAGCUACCUGACCCUAUCGGCUCUCUCCAAUGAACCAACAGAAAAAGUACAAUCUCAGGGAGGAAACAGCACCAGUCAAGAAAUUUGUGGGAGCUCAAUUGGGACAAUUGAAAACUCAGAGACACUGGCUUUAGUUGUUGGGCUUGUUAUAAUGUUCGUGCUUGUCAUUUACUCAAGUCUGAGAACAGUAGGAAGUGCAGAUAAACUGGCACCAUCAGCAGGGGCUAGUUCUAAAAAUGCUGAUGAGGAGAAAGGAGGACAGGAAAUAAUAAGCGAUGAAGAGGAAGAAGUGGCUUACAGUUACUCCUUUUUUCACUUCAUUUACUUCCUGGCCUCGCUGUAUAUUAUGAUGAUGCUCACAAAUUGGUACAGUCCCCAGGGCAGCGAUCUAGAGGAUUUCCAGAGGACUUCUGGAUCAGUAUGGGUCAAGAUGAUAUCUUGUUGGCUUGGUUUUGCAUUGUACCUGUGGACACUUUUAGCUCCUGCCUGCUUUCCAGACAGAGACUUCAGUCGUACUCUUGCUGCAUAACAGAGCAAUGAUAAAGCGUUCUAAACUUAGUGGUUAUUUUAAAGUAUAUAUCAUUGGAGUAUUAAAAGUUAAUAACAUGAUUUUGAGUAAAUUUUUCAAAGACAAAAAAACUGCACAGGCCCGUAGGGCGAGUGCAAUUUGUAGUCUUUGAAAAAUUUACAAGUGCGUAUUACACCAACUUGCAAGAGAACUCAUGUUAUUACUUGUUAAUAAUGUUCGUGAAAAAACAUCACAGAAAGUCAAGACAGACGAAAUGCUUUAACUGAGCAUGUGCUAUUUGUAAUUUGCGUCCGUGUUACAACUUUGCACUCGUGUUGCAUUAAAAGGCCUUUGUUUUCAACCUGUCAGAAGCGGGUAAUUUUUUCAUGUACAUUAUUACUGACGAAAGUUUUGUAUAACUGCAUUUGUUUUGCUGGGGUUUACUCUCUAAUUAGUUUAAAGAAAACUCAUGCCACCUUCUCACCCAAUCAGAUGCAAGACUAAAAGUUAGGGCCUCUAGGUCACUCGUGCUUUGCGUUUUCAUUGGCUCCCUUGGAUAUAACCCCUUGCUCCGAUUGGCCUUCGAGAUAUUCGCGGUAGCAUUGACCGGUUUAGUUGAAAGUUGCUCCAAGCAAUAAAAUGAGGUUUAGAUUUUGGUGCAAGGAGUAACGCGAACCAAACUGUUCAGUCAGAAUUAUUAGUAUUUUUUUUUCACAGAAGCUUGAGGUUAUAAGCUAAUGGCACUUCGUGGACUGCUAGAUCAUAUUUAUUAUAUGUACGAUAUAUAACUCGCGAAAAUGCGUCUGAGAAAGUUAACUGAUGGGAAGCAGUUUUAUAUUUGUGUAGUUAAACUGGAAAAUAAUCUUACUUGUAAUGCAAUUGUAAUUUUUAAAAAUAAAUUCAGUAGAACUGAGUCAUA